UAUAAGCACAAGCAAGCAAACAAAUUUGGUUUGCUUUCAUUGCAUUGCAUUCAACUUGCAUUUUAUAAAACACAAGACAUUUCAAGAAACUGUGGUAUUUUUCGCUUUUAUAAAUAACCACGACAGACUGAAACAUAUUUUGAUAAGAUCUAACAUCAAUAAUUUCAAGAUGAUGAACAAUCAGUUGCCUGCACAGCCCACUGGUAUACAGAGUACAGCGGGCGCUGUACCAAUUCGCAAUGAGAAAGGUGAACUAUCUAUGCAAAAGGUGAAAGUGCAAAGAUAUAUAUCUGGAAAGAAGCCAGACUAUGCACAAGGAGUUUCUUCAUCAGAAGAAUCAGACACUGAAGACUUUAUAGAACAGCAGCGGCCGGAACGGAGACAAAUAUUGCCACAAGUGAUCACCCAGAAAGAUGAGCAACACAGUGAUACUGAAACAGAGGUGGAUGAUCCCCGUCUCAAACGUCUCCGGAUGGCUGCGAAAUCACCACCACGUCGAGCUGAACAUAAACCCGAGAUUAUUGAUGCUGAACCUGAGCCCGAGUCCGAGUCAAGUGCUGAUGAGGCCAAAGACAGUUCUGAUAGUGAGGACGAAUUGGAUGAUGAAGAAAUUGAAAGGAGGCGGCAAGCUCUCAAAGCUAAACUUGCUGCUAGGGAGGCUGAAAAAGAAGUGCUUGGCCGUGAUGAUGAUGAAGAGAUGAUGGAUGGUGUCAAAGAGGAGAGCGGCUCCUCAGACAUGGAGUACACAGACAGUGAAGAAGAUACUGGUCCAAGAGUGAAGCCAGUAUUCGUAAGAGCAUCCGAGCGGAUGACGGUAGCAGAGAGAGAGCGCAAAAUGAAACAGCAGAAGAAAGAAGAGAGUGAAGCACGCAAGGAAAAAGACGAGCGGCGGCGGGAGGCACUGAAACUGGUGGAGGAAACUAUUCGUGCUGAACAGAGGAACACACAGGCAGAACAAAAAGAAGGAAAUAUUAAUGACGUAUGCACUGACGACGAAAAUGACGAGCUCGAGUAUGACGCGUGGAAGUUGCGUGAAAUGAAACGCAUCAAGCGCGAUAAGGAGGAGAGAGAGGCAAUGGAGAAAGAAUUGCUGGCUAUUGAACGCAUGCGCAACAUGACCGAAGAGGAGCGACGCGUCGAACAGAGACUGAAUCCUAAAAUGGUAACGAACAAGGCGGUCAAAGGAAAAUACAAGUUCUUACAGAAAUACUACCACAGAGGUGCUUUCUAUUUGGACAAAGAGGAGGACGUGUUCAAACAGGAUUUCUCUGGCGCGACUCUGGACGAUCACUUCGAUAAGACUGUGCUGCCAAAGGUUAUGCAAGUGAAGAAGUUCGGUCGUUCCGGGCGCACGAAGUACACGCACCUGGUGGACCAGGACACCACGGAGUUCGACUCCGCCUGGAGCAACGAGGGCGCCGCCGCGCGCCUCGCCAACUUCCGCGGCGGCAUGAAGCAGGUGUUUGACAGACCCACUGCCAAGAGGAAGCAUAGCGCCUGAUCAUCAACUCAAGACUGAUGUGUGGAAUUUAUUUAAUAUCUAUUUGGAAUUGAUAUUUCGUAUAUAGAAACGAAUUUUAUAUACCAAAUCUCAAUUUAUAAACUCUGAACUUAUUAAAUAAAAUAAGUUCAGAAUAAAUCUGGUACUUUUAAUGAAGAAUUGACUUUUUGUAUACAUAGAAAGGAUCUUUCUUAUAUACUAAAUAACAAUCCUCAAAGUACCAAGUUGUUGUGUAAUUUUGUUAAGAUAAUACCUGCUGUAUAUAUAGAUAAGGUUUUGUAGUUAAAUAAAAUUGUAAAAUCGUUGCGUUAUUUUCACUUCUACGAAAAUAACCCAAGUCAAAAUAAAUAAUGGAAUAUUCA